AUGGGGAAGUUUUUAGAAUUCUUCAGUAACCCAGGUCAAAGACCUGCCAUCUUCCAUAGAGCACCUUUGAUUGCAUACGAAGGACAUGAUAUUAAUCCUAAUCUGACUUCCAGUGACAGUAAUGUCGAAGAUAAUACCGUAGCAUUUGUAGAAAGUGAUGAUAAUAAGGAACAAAUCCAAUAUACAGUUCAUGAAAAAGAAGAGCAUUCUGAAAGAGUUAUUUGUCACAGUGAAGAUGAAUUUGAUGACAAGAAGAGUAAUAUCAAUGUGGAUGAAACUAUGUCAGUUUCAUCGGAUUCCGAUAACACUACCAAGAAUUUCCAAAUAGCUGAAGUUAUGGUUCACAAGAAAGGUGACAUUACAAGUUCUAUUGGGUUCACUGGUUUGGAAAAGGGGUUGACUGAUAAGACUUUGGACAAGUUGGUUUAUUUUGCCGGUUCUCAAGCCAUGUUUAUUCUAAUGUGGACUAUUUUAAUUAUUUGGAUUGUCUUGGGUGGUGUCUAUAGAGCUCCUGACGUUUGGCAAGUUGUUAUGCAAGAUGGUCAAUCCAUUCAAUGUUACAUUUGGGAUACUUUAUUGAUGCGUCAACAAUUGAUGAGUACUCAUGAACAAGUUCUUGUCUGUGCAAGUUUAAGAUCUCGUUUAUUGGCUUUCAAAGAAUUUAUUCUAAGAAGGAAAAAUUCUGAAGAACAAGACGAUGAAACUGUCAAUGAAGAAGAUAUGUUGAACUUGGAAUUAAAUGAAUCUGAUAUGGCUGGUGAUAUCCCCAUGGAAACUUGGUAUGAUAAAUUGGCUACUCUUUCUAGUGAAUGGCAGGGUUCUUUGUAUUUCAUCAUCAUUUAUUGGCUAGGUGUUAUCGUUUGGAUUGCAUGUGGUGUUAUCCCAUCAAAUGCUGGUAAUAACCCUCCAUACACUGGUGAAACGACGGGUAAAAAUCCACGUCUACAAAAAUUCAGCAACACUUGGCAAAUGUAUAUCAAUACUGCUACUGCAGUGGCAUUAUUGAUUUCCUCGACUUUCUUACAAAACAUUAGAGCAAGACAUGAUAUUUUCAUCGGUAGAUAUUUGUCGUCGGUUUAUGAUGUCGAUAGAAUGAUUGAUUUGAAAUUAAGAAAUUACUUCAAUGAUUUCCAUACACCUAACCCAGUGAUUGAAGUUCCUGAACAAAAGAGAAGUUGGUCUGAAAAACAUAUUGAUACUUACGCCGAUGUCAUCGGUACUGGGUUUGGUAUUAUCAUUACCAUAGUAGCUUUUGCUGUUUGGGUUGGUAUUGGUAAUACCUUACAUUGGGACGAUGAUUGGUGGUUAAUUAUUGGUACUUACACUGGUUUGAUGGGUUUCCUGGAUGGGUUUGUCAUUAGAAACGUCUAUUUCAGAAUAAUGAGAACUGAAGAAGAACAAUUUGAGUUGGUAGCUAAUGCAGAUGUCGAAUUGAUGGAAUUAGUUGGAAUCACAUGUCCCGAGGAAUACCGUUACCAAGAAUUCGACAGAAACAUGAAAUCUAUCGGGUAUAGAAUCUCCAAAACCAUGAACUAUUUCUGUUCUACUACUUUCAGUGUCUAUGUGUCCAUUGCCGUUAUUGUCGGUUUAAUUUGUGCCGCUUCCGGUAUGAGAUGGAGUACCAUGGGUCAAUUGAUUUGUAACACCCCUACCAUGAUCAUUGAAGAAUUCUUCUUAUUGGUCCUAUUACAGGCACACAAUUGGGCUGAUAAACAACGUAGAAUGGAAGUGUCUGCCCUAUUGGCACGUAGAAAAAUCAUUUUGAAUUAUGUGGAAAGAUAUUUCUAA